UCAGUUUUGAAUCGACUACCGAACAGUUUAAACAAUGUAUUCUCCCGUGCAAUUUACGGCUCUUGCGCUGAUUUUUGCCCAGUUGUUAGGCGCAAUACAUUGUGGAGUGUACGAUAAUACGGAUAAUUGGGUCUUAUCCAGUAAGUCAAAGAGUUUCCCCGAGAACGCUGUUCUCGGCGGCUUUGAUCCGGAAGGCUAUAGAAGUUUCGUGGGACGCGUCCUGUAUGCCGGCUCUGUUGUGCCAGCACGUAUUAGAGCCGAGACUGCAUAUGUCACAUUUAACACCGACUCAGUCGCUAAUACAGCGACCUCCUACGAAGUACUGGUUUCCAAUGAAACCCUCAGCUAUCAGUGGGUGCGCAGCUUUGAUGGAUUCAUGGAGGAUAAUGCCGUCUCUGUUGGAACGAGCUCUACCAACGAACGCGUUUAUAUCUGCCGGGCAAGAACCUACGACGCAGUGUUCAUCGGUACCCUGUAUCUAGCGCAAAGGAAAUGUAACAUCCGUUAUGAGUCUAUUCCCCCGAAAAUGUACGAAAAAUACGAGGUGCUGGUUCGAAAGCAAAAACCGGCAGAUUGUGUACAUUUCGAUAAUCAAAUAAAUUGAUAAAAUUGCGAGUGGGAUUGCAUAUGAACAUUAA